AGAGAAAUCGUGCACAUUACCUACGCGAAUAAGAUUACAGCUAAAACGCGUCUAUGACAAUUCAGGUUUCUCUCUGAGUUUUAUAUAUUUCUAGGGAAAAGUUAUAAAAUCGAUGUCCCGAUCUCUCUCUCUCUCUCUGUUGGCAGCAUUGCCAUGGAAGUUAAUCUAGUGCAUGCAACUUCCGAUCAAUGAUAUGGAUCUUGAUGGGUCAGUUAGGCAGUCAGCUGCGACAAUGCGUUUGUGAUAUCUGUUGUGCAAGUUCAUUUCUCGAAUCGGCACGAGUGCGGGUAACGUGCGAGUUCCCGCGUUCAUGAUCAUUAGCGAGGGCCUGUUUCGGAUUUAAAUCAGUUCAUUCCCUCUAGAACGGACUACGGCCUUUGAAACGGACUGGCAAGCUGUUUGCUAGUCUAACAGAAGAUUUACAAAAUGCAAAACUGGAAUCAAUGGCAGUUGCCACCUGGAGCUAUUACUCCAAUGCCACAGCCACCAAUUGGCUAUGCUACAGGCGCAGAUCCUACUGCUUUGAUGCAAAAUUAUAUGCAAUAUUAUAAUCAACCAACACCUACUGGAUAUACACCAGAACAAUGGGCAGCAGCACAACAGCAAGGCUGGGCUCAGUGGCAGCAAUGGCAACAACAAUAUCAGCAAUGGCAGGCACAAUAUGGCGACAAGUAUCAGGAUAUGAAGCAUUUAUCAGCGCAGGGUAUGAAUUUAACUGGUCAGAUGCAAGUGCCAUCAAAUAUGCAACCACCGCCUCUUCCUAAAGAGGAGACACGACCUCCCUUGCCUCCUGCUACCACAAAUACAUAUCAAUUUGCAAACAUGCCACCUCCGCACCAAAAUAAUCUUCCAUUAUUCCCUUCAAAAGAAUCUGCUAAUAAGAUAACAUCGCAAGCAAAUGUGACAAAUUAUCCUACAAACCCACCGUUGCCUACUACGAGUCAACCACCUUUACCACCCGAAAGCGGUGAGAAUAAAGAGAUUUCCUCUGAAAAAAGCAAUAGUAAUGUAAUUAGUGGAACCAAUAGUGCUAAAAAACUAAACUUUGAAGAUGAAGAAUUGACCGAAACUGAGAAAACAUUUGAUGCACAGUUCAAACAGUGGGAAGAACAGUUUAAUCUCUGGAAACAGCAAAAUGCCAAUCAUCCAGACAAGACUCAGUAUAAACAAUACGAAGCAAAGUGGACAUCGUGGCGUGAAAAGUUACUUGAACGACGCGAACAAAUGCGUAAAAAACGUGAACAACAAAAACAAGCUGCUGCGAAAGCAGAAGCUGAAAAAAACAAGAAUAUACCUGGCGAUGAUAAAAUAUUGAACAUCUUAUCAAACACUGAAAAUGCGCGAUUAAUUAACAAUCUGUUAGGUAUCGGGAAAACUUUGGGUCUGACAGCAAAGCAAAACGUUUCCACAUCCUUACUGCCUCCGCCACCACCGCCUCCACCACUGCCAGAAAAUACAAAUUCUAAGAAUGAACCCAUGAUACAAGGAAUGCAGCAAACUUCACAAAUAAAUAUGAUUAGAUCCAAUCCCACAAUGCCAAAUUGGUCUAAUCAGCAACAAUGGGGACAUCAACAAUACAAUCCCAGAAUGGAAGGUCCAGGAUAUGCUACCGGGAUGCCCCCGAUGAUGCCUCCAAUUUCAACAUCGGAUACUGGAUCAUCCCAAAUGAUGUCGAAUUUUACACAGCCACCGAGUCUACCAAAUUUUUCACAACCUCCACCAAACUUCCUUAGUAAUGAUCGAAUGCAAAAUGUAAGAGCAUCGGGUCCAACAAAUAUGAAAGAUUGUCCUCCUCCACUUGCUAAUUCUUCAAAUACAGAUGUGCGUUUUAUGCAUCCAAAUGAUCGACCACCUCUCAAUUUUGAUGGACAAACCAAUUUCAGAAGAGGCGACCAAGAACGUUUUGGACGAGAUAAUACUAAUCCAAAUUUAUAUGAAAAAGAUCAAUUUAAAUCUACUGAUACUUUUGACAAAGAAGAACAAAAUUUUAAAAGAGGCGACAAAAAUUAUACUGACUUUGGGAAUAAUCAAUUAAAUUCGCAAAAUAAUUUUAAUUCAAAUAAUGAUAAGUUUGGACCAGGACAGAGUGGGCCCGGAAAUGACCGUUUUGGAUCGGGAAAUGAUCGUUUUAACAGAGAAAACAAUCAAUUUGGAUCAAUGGGAAAUGACAGAUUUGCAUUGGGAGGCGAUCGUUUCGGAUCAAAUAAUAAUUUUGGUCCAGGAUCUGAUCGGUUUAGCAAUGAGUGGUUUGGAAAGGAAGGUGAUCGAUUUAGACCUGGGAAUGAUCGUCUUGAAAUGGACAAAGAUCACCGCGGAUCUGGAAACGAUAGAUUUUCGGAUAAUGAGCGAUUUGGAUUAAAUAAUGAACAACAUGUUCCUGGAUUAGCAACUGAUCGUUUCGAGUCUAAAAAUCGUUUCUUCUCUAGCAAUGAUCGAUUUGGACCCAACAAUGAGCUCUUUCGUCCAAAUGAUCGAUUUAAUAGAGGUAACACGGAUUAUUUUGAUUCGAAAGAUUCAACUGAUCAUAGACGAGAUAGUUUUAAUACUAAUCUUCGAGGAUUUAAUAGAAAUUCAUCAUUUAGUCCAUCGAACGAAUUAUCGCCAGAACUGAAAAAACUUAUGGAGAAACGAAAAGCAGCAGGGGAUGUAUUUAGGCCUAGUUUUGUUGAUUCUGAUAAGUCCACUGGUAUCGGUUCUCUUAGUGAGAGUUUUAAAAAAAUUACUGGUGACUCACCGUUUAAAAGCUCUUUUGAUUUUCAAAAGAAUCCAUUAAAUCGUGGUGGAUUGACAAGUAGCGGACCAAAUUUUCAAUCACAUUCUUCUUCUGAUUCGGGACAGAUUUCCACAUCAUCUUAUGGGCCACGAGAUCAUCUUUUCAGUCGUGAUAAUGCACCUCCUUUUAGAGGACCUUUAGAUAAUUUUACUAAACAUAAUCCUACUGAUUACAAUGAUCGAGGAAAAGAUAUGGAGAUCAGGUCGCAUCUCAAUCAAUCUCAAGAUACUAUUAGGCAUUCCGAAAAAGUUGAAAUUACUGAGUCUGAUUCUUUACUACAAACUAAUAAUAUUGCUGACACAAAAGGUACCGAAAUCAUGCAAAUAAAUGAAGCUAAUAAUUCUAUGACACAAAAAGAAAACGUUACUUUUGAAAAUAGUUUGAAAGAUGAUAAUAAAGAAGAAAAUAAAAUUAUUGGUAGUGAUAAUUCAAUGCAGCACGAUAAAGAACAUGAUCAUAUCCAAGAGCAUAAUCAAACCCAAAGUAAUGUUGAAAAGACAAAUGAAUCUAAUAAUAAUGACGACGUUAUUAAAAAGCCUGAAAGCUUACCCUUUAUGGGUGAAAAUGAUGUACGACCAGUGGAUUUAAACAUUGAACCACCACCAGAACUACCCAAUUUAUGUCCUAUUUCUACGGAUUCUAGUCAAAAUGAACCGAACAAUGUAAACAAAGAUUUUGACAGAAAAGGACCAGCUGAUAAUCAAUUUGAUAUGCAUUUUAAUUCUAAUUUUGGUCCCAAAGGAAUAGAAUUUAAAUCUGGUAUGUCUCGGGGAUCGCCAAUGUUUGGUUCUAAAGAUCCUCAUAUGUUUUCAUCCGGUUCUUCUCCUGGUACAUUUUUGCAAGGUUCUGUAAAUUUACAAUUAGGUCCACGAGGUUCCAGAGAUAGUCAAUUUGGAUCUAGUAUGAAUGAAAAUAGAUUUAGUCCCAGAAAAUUCAACGAUGAACAAUAUGGCGAUCGAGAUUGUAAUGAUAAAUUACUUGAACCUCUUAACAGCGAGAAAUUUGAACCACGUGGUUCUAUGGAUGAUCAACUUGGUCUAUUUGGAUCUCGAGCACCAAUAAAUGCAAAAUUCGGUCCGAGAGGAUCUAUUGAUCGACCAAGAGAUCCAUUUGAUUCAUCAUUUGCUCCGCGACAUCUUGGUCCAUUUGGUCCCAGAGGCCCUAUGCAGUUCGGUCCUAAAGGUAUUAAUGAUCGUUUGGAUUCCCGACUAAAUUUCGAGAGAUCAUUUGGUCCGCGAGGACCUAACGAUAGAUCUUUUGGUCCAAGAGGACCUAAUGAUACAUUUUUCGGUGUCAACCGUUCUUCUGACUCACAGUUUGGCCCUACGGGGCUUAAUAAGUUUGAUAGAAUGAAUGAGAUGACACCAUUUGAUAAAAGACCUUUUGAUAACAGUGGGCUCUUUAGUUUAUCUGAUGAAAAAACCAUUGAUUUUCGACCCAAUGAAAGUUCUAUUGGUCCUCGUGGUGGUUCUAAUGAAUCCAUUCCACUUGGUCUUCGCGAUUCAAAUGAGGUUCUUCAACGUAACUCAAAGAAUUUCAACGAAAAUCGAUUUGAAUCUCGAGAUUCUAACAAUGAACUUUUUGGACCAUCGGAUUUCAAAGCAAAAGAUUCAAUAAAUGAUUCAACUAAUAUAAAUUUUCCAUCUUUGCAUAAUCGCAACGAUUAUAUGCGUAGAAACUCUUUCACUAGAAAAGAACAAUUUGAAGAGAAUAUUUUUGCUAAACGAGCCAGAUAUGAAAACCCACAAUCAAUUGAUGAAUUCAACAAGAACUGUCCGGACAUAGAAAUGCGAAAAGAGAAUGUCAAUGUUGGAUGUAUACCUGAGCUUAAUAAAAAAGAAUUAGAAACUUUACCUCGUUCAGAAUACGAAUCUAACGAUGCUUGGAAGAACAAGUUCGGCAGUGAUCAGAAGUCCAAUGCAGGGCAACAUAACGUUGACAAAAAUUUCUCAAAUACUUUCGAUGAAAGAUCAAAGUCGGGAAGAAUCGCAACCGAACUAAAGGUGGAUGAUUAUAAGUCACAAUAUGGUGAAUCUACGAUUGUAUCCGAUUUCCAAUCAAGAUAUGUCCCUAAUUUAUUUAUGAAGCAGAAAAGUGAUCAAGAAUUUUGCGCGCAGAAGCAGUUUAAUUAUAAUCAUGGUGAUAAGAAAUUCAUCGAGUCGGUUAACUUCACUCCAGCGAAGGUGAUUGAUUACGGACACGUGUCUCGCCCCUCGAUUUCGGAUCAUCUGUCGCCGGUUCAGUGUUUCGAUUACGGUCAUGGAGAUUUAAAACCGACAGUGGAUCGCGAGCAACUACAGCGUCAUUAUCCGAAGAGAGAUUUUAGAAAUUGGGUGGAAAACGAACAGAAUCUAAAGGAAUAUACUGAGAAGAUGAGCAACUAUGAAAGUACGAAGAGAUAUGUCGGAAAGACGAAGAAUUACAAUUACGCGACAAAUUACGAUGCGCGUAAAUCGAUGGACUAUAAUAAACAAAGAGACUACGACUGGCAGUCAAAUAAUAAGAAAUCCGAUGGAGAGAAAAAGGAGAAUGACAAUAAAGAGAAAGACUAUAAUCCUGAAUCAGACUCUCACACCUUUGAUCGAAAUACUGAUAAUGAUCAGAACGAUCAAUUUGAUAAAAACAUACAUAAAGAUGUGGAACAAGUUGAAGACAUGCAUGAUAGCUCCCAAAAGGAAAUGAAUAAAGAUAAUGAUAAAGAUGAUAACAGAUCUAAAGGAAAUGCUAGCUGGCAGGAGAAUUCAAACAAGAACGUUGUAGACAUAAAGCUACAGGAGACCAGCCUGCCUUCUGAUACAAAGAAAAAUGCGGAAUCAAGUACAAAAACUUUGGAAUUGGCAAAAAUGCCAAACUGUACGAUGGUCGAUGACUUAUUGUGCCCACCGGGUCGUCAGAACAGACCACCAAAAAUAGCUAUCAUCCUCAGAGGCCCGCCUGGUAGCGGCAAAUCUUUUGUGACUAAACUUAUCAAGGAUAAAGAAGUCGAGCAAGGUGGCUCUGCACCGAGAAUAUUGAGUUUAGAUGAUUAUUUCCUUGUCGAAAAGGAAAAAGAAACUAAGGAUGAUAAUGGAAAGAAAGUCAUAGUUAAGGAAAUGGUAUAUGAAUACGAAGAGGCUAUGGAACAGAGUUACGUGACAUCUCUCGUUAAAGCUUUUAAGAAAAACAUUACAGAUGGAUUCUUUAAUUUUAUCAUAUUAGAUUGCAUUAAUGAAAAGAUUUCAGAUUAUGAAGAAAUGUGGAGUUUUGCCAAAACAAAAGGUUUUAAAGUAUAUGUGUGUGAAAUGGAAAUGGAUCUGCAAAUAUGCUUGAAAAGAAAUAUUCACAAUCGUACCGAAGAUGAAAUUAAUCGGAUUAUAGAUUAUUUUGAACCAACGCCUAGCUAUCAUCAGAAAUUAGAUGUAAAUUCGAUGUUGCAAGAGCAAGCAAUAGAGGAGGUGGAUAUGGAAGACAGUCAAGAAACGCAUGAAAAACCUAUCACACAAACUGAAGAUAGUCAAGACAGUCAGGAGGAUACGCAGGAUGCAAUUGGUGUUAGUAAAUGGGAAAAAAUGGAAGCUGAGGAUAAAUUAGAUCGAUUGGAUGGUUUGGCAAAAAGGAAAAAUGAUUCAAAACCGCAAACUAUGGAAGAUUUCCUUCAAGUUCCUGAUUAUUAUAAUAUGGAAGAUACUUCUGGUAAAAAACGAGUACGUUGGGCCGAUUUAGAAGAACGUAAAGAGCAGGAAAAAAUGCGUGCUGUCGGAUUUGUUGUUGGACACACUAAUUGGGAUCGAAUGAUGGAUCCUACGAAAGGAAGCAGCGCCUUAACACGCACAAAGUUUUUUAUGCUGUCAUAGAAAAAUUAAUAAUUUAAUACGAGCAUUAAAAUUGAAGCGCAACAUUCAACUCAUUGAAAACACCUUAUUAUUUUGUGUUCAAAGUAUUGCAGUAUGUAAAACAAAUUAAUUAUAAAUAUAGAUUAUUAAAGUUUAAUUUA